AUGACCGAAUCGCACUCUUCAGAACCAGAGGACAUCUCAGAUUCCCAGCAACAAACGCCCUCGCAGCCGGAAUUCCGUGAAGGAGGAUAUGGCUGGGUCUGCGUGGCCUGCACAUUUCUCAUCAAUGCGCAUACAUGGGGCAUUAACGCGGCCUACGGAGUCUUCCUCUCCUACUACCUCUCCACCGACAUAUUCCCGGGCACCUCAGCCCUCGAAUACGCCUUCGUCGGCGGCCUCAGCAUCUCCUGCGCAAUGUUCAUCGCCCCACUAGCCACGCUCCUCAGCCAACGCAUCUCGACACGCUUCGUGCUCAACCUCGGCGCAAUCCUUGAAGCCGUGUCCCUCAUCACGACCUCCUUCGUCAAGACAGACUGGCAGCUCUUCCUCUCGCAAGGCGCCUGCUUCGGCAUCGGCAUGGGCUUCUGCUUCUGCGGCUCCGUGGGCAUCGCGUCGUAUUGGUUUCGCAGGAAACGGAGCCUGGUGAACGGUAUCGCGUCUGCGGGGUCAGGUAUCGGGGGUCUUGUUUACUCGCUCGCGGUGGGGAAGAUGAUUCCCGAAAUGGGGUUCCCCUGGGCGAUGCGCGUGCUGGGCAUCUUGGCUUUUGCGGUGAACGUGGUGUGUGGGAACUUAAUGAGGAUCCCGGCCUCAUCUCGGACGUCUCCUACCACCACUGCCAUUCCCUCGGAGGAGAAGCAGAAGAAGAAGAAGAAGAAAGAGAAGAAAGCCAGAACCCUACCCCAUCUCCCACCCUUCCUCCUAAACCUCGACUACCACCUCCUCCUCGGCUGGGCAUUCCUCAGCGGCCUGGGCUACGUGACGCUCCUAUUCAGCAUGUCCGCGUACACCGUCGCCAUCGGACUCACGCAAUCCCAAGGCAGUAUAGCCAGCGCACUGCUCAGUCUCGGACAAGCAUUGGGUCGACCAGCCGUAGGACUCGUCAGCGACAAGGCCGGGAGAAUGCGCACGGCGUUCGGGGCGGCGCUGUUCUCGGGGAUCCUGCCGCUGGUGGUCUGGAUCUUCGCGGACGGGGUCGGAGUCACGUAUUUUUUUGCGAUCGCGGUGGGGUUGUUCGCGGGGACGUUUCUGGCCGCUGCGGCGCCGUUGGUGGCGGAGGUGGUGGGUAUGCAGAGUCUAGGAUCAGCGCUGGGGGUGUUUUGGUUCGUGUUGGGCCCGCCGACGGCUGUGGCGGAGGCCAUUGCGGUGCAGUUGCGGGAUGAGGAUGGUCGGUCGAAGCCGUAUCUGCGAGUGCAGCUGUUUGUGGGCUGUAUGUAUCUGGGGUCGGCGGGUUGUUUGGCGUGGUUAGGGCUGAGGAUGCAGAAGAAGCAGGCAGCUACGGAGAAGUCGAAUGUAUAG